CAGUUUAUGAAUAACUGAUAGGUUGAGAAUUGUUCACUCAAACUACGUGGCAAAUCGUAGAUACACUGGCAAAAGUCAGGGUGAGUUCAUGAGCAGGAAAGAAGGGCUACAUUUGCAACAGCCAUUAUUUGCAAUUAAUAAUUCCACCAUCCAUCCUCCAAAUGAACACAACUAAAUAAAUAUGGCAUGCACCUUUCCUGUCAAUUACCAAGUCCAAAUGAUCAUCCGUGGAUGGACCGUUCGGCUUGCUCUACUUUUCCUUAAAUGAAGUACAGGCAGUAGGCAUCAUCUGUCUUUAAAAUGUUCUCUGCUGUGCAGUCUAGUAAGUAACCAGCGCUCUAGGCAAUGAGUAUUUAAUCAGUAGGACCCAAGUGUGCUCUGUGUGCCAAAUACUUUUAUUUGCCGUGACUAGCAUAUAGUUCAUUUUUAAGCAAGGAACUAAAUUGCCUUCCCAGGGCUGACUUUUCAGGGCAUCAGUCUCUGGAUGGCAACACUCCUGCCUGGUUGUAGCUACAAGUGUUCUCUCUCCUGACAAGCUCAGGCACUCUGAAAGAUAGCUACGGCACUAUCCCUUCUGCAAGGCUUUGUUGCUCUGUGGGACAGGAGUAUCCUUGUCCCGGAAUAACUGGCCGGCCCUAGGAAACCCAACUGGCUGCUUCUCCUCUCCUGCAGUCACCUACCCAUAAGUCUGUAAGAACAGCCAGGGGGGACGGACAGUAACAGUGUAUGUAAUAACGUGUCAGGAAGGGAAAUGGUGCGUUCCUUUGUGAAGCCGCAGAUUGCAUUCUACGUGGGGCCCAGAAGAAUGGGGAUGCUAUCCCUGUACGUUACAGGCCUGCAAGCCAUUAAAGUCAGAGGGAAAACUCCUGAGGCAUCAAUGGGAGAAGGACAGAGCUGACUUUCCGGAAAUCUUGAAAUCCUUCAGAUGGAAUAUGCAGUAUAAAUAGAAGGGAAUAUUAAGCUCUGCACAGUGAUUAUAAGUAGAGUGUGUGUUAAUUACACAGAGUUAGGAGAGCCCUGCCCUUAAGAGGAGUGUCUGAAUGGAGAGAGGGGUGGAGUUCCCACAGCAAUCCCAUUCAUAGGUAAGGGAGGAAUCAGGUUAGAGACAGGAGAAACCAGAACAUGUGAUGAAUCAGAUAAGGGGCUCAAAUAUUAGUCUCUCCCAAUUGCAUUCACUCAGCUUAUAAGACAAAGGAUGAUUUUUCUAAGGGCUAGCCCUGAAACAGAGCCUGGACUCUGAAAAGCCGACACUGUUCUUGCUGCUGCUUACAUUUUUGGCAGGGAUAAAGAUUCUGCAGUCCAACCCUCGCUGUUUGUUCUGUGGUUGAUGCAUGAGCCUGCUGAGAAUCUAGCUGACCCUCCGAUAGCUGCAGCUGCUGCUCAGGGAUAACAAGGCAAGCAUCUGUGUCUCAUUAAAAUCAGCAGAAGUGACUCAGCUGGGUAGAGCAACUCACCCCUGUGCAGAGCCAGUGCAAAAACCCAGCACUUGUAAGGGGCAGAUCUGCUGAGCAUGAAGAUGCCGCUUUUAUGAGUACACUGUUUGUACGUAAACUCCAUGGAUUUAUUAUUUAAGGCCAGAAGGGACAAUCUAAACAGCCCAGGCCAUUAAACUGCAGUCAGUUACCCCUGUGCUGAGCCUAAUAACCUGUGUUUGGCUCUAGCAUAUCUCCUAGAAAGGCAUCCAGGCUUGACUUGAAGACAGCAAGAAAUGGAGUAACCUUUUCAGUAGCGCUCACCCAGGCGCUUGCUCGGAGAGGCCCAGCUGUGAGAUGACUGCCAUGGAGAGAUCUGGGAAUGUGGAGGUUUCACAAAGGCUGAAGAAAAAUGGAGCCUGAAAAACACACAAGCUCUUUCCUCUAGUGGUGCAGUCAUGAUGGAUGAAGAUGAUGGACUGAGUGAGAGAGGUCUCAGCAACUCUAGGAAGAGAUAUGAUGAUGAAGAAGACUACCAUUCCAUUUACAUCGGGGUGCCAAAGCCACGGGGCUACAGGAGGAAAAGGCGCAGGCGGAGAUCCACCUCCAGCCGGGAUAAAACCAGCGAGAACGAAAGGCUCUAUGAGCGCCAGGACCAAUCCGAUACCGAUGAAGGAGGGCAGGCAAGCUACGACAAUGGGAACGACAACGCCAGCAGGACGAUGUCUCCAGCUGCUGAACGCCUUCGUUACAUUCUGGGUGAAGACGAUGACCCUCCAAACCCCACCCUGUUCACUGAGAUGGACACACUGCAGCACGACGGGGAAGAAAUGGAGUGGAAAGAAUCUGCCAGGUGGAUAAAGUUCGAAGAAAAGGUGGAAGAAGGAGGGGAGAGAUGGAGCAAACCUCAUGUGUCAACGUUAUCUUUGCACAGCCUGUUUGAACUACGCACGUGUCUACAGACAGGGACGGUGCUACUAGACUUAGACGGCUACUCCCUACCACAGAUCAUCGAUGAUGUUAUUGAAAAGCAGAUAGAGGAUGGUUUGCUCAGGCCGGAGCUGAGAGAGAAAAUCAGUUACGUGCUCCUGAGGAAACAUCGCCACCAGACCAAGAAGCCGAUCCACCGAUCCUUGGCAGACAUUGGCAAAUCGGUCUCAUCCACCACAAAUCGCAGUCCUGUCCGGAGCCCAGCAGCAGGGGCCAGCUUCCACCGCUCCACCGAAGAUCUUAGAAUGAGACAGAACGCAAAUUAUGGACGUUUACGCCAUGCACAAAGCAGAAGCAUGAAUGACAUAACAGAUACUCCAAGCACAGAUCAGGUACUAAAAAAUAAAUUCAUAAAGAAGAUCCCCAAAGACGCGGAAGCCUCCAAUGUCUUGGUGGGAGAGGUGGACUUCCUGGAUAAGCCAUUUGUGGCAUUCGUGAGGCUCAUACAGUCCACCAUGCUGGGCGGGGUGACGGAAGUUCCCGUCCCCACUAGGUUCAUUUUUAUUCUCCUGGGUCCUUCAGGAAAGGCAAAAUCCUACAAUGAAAUCGGCCGAGCUAUCGCUACCCUCAUGGUCGAUGAUCUUUUCAGUGAUGUGGCCUACAAGGCCAGGGACCGAGAUGACCUGAUUGCAGGAAUAGAUGAGUUUCUGGAUGAAGUCAUUGUCCUCCCACCAGGGGAGUGGGAUCCAAACAUUAGAAUAGAGCCACCCAAAAAAGUACCUUCUGCUGAGAAGAGGAAAUCCGUGUUCUCGCUGAACGAAGCAGGGCAGAUGAACGGCACCGCAGGAGGAGCGGCAGGAGGGGGCGGCGGUGGUGGAGGGGGCGGCAGCGAGGAUGGAGAAAUGCCAGCAGUGCAUGAAGCUGGAGAAGAGCUUGUCUGGACAGGCAGGUUUUGCGGCGGCCUGUAUUUGGAUAUCAAGAGGAAACUGCCCUGGUUCCCCAGUGAUUUCUACGAAGGCUUUCAUAUCCAGUCUAUCUCCGCCAUCCUCUUCAUUUACCUGGGCUGCAUCACAAAUGCCAUAACAUUUGGGGGGCUGCUUGGUGAUGCUACAGACAACUACCAGGGGGUCAUGGAGAGCUUCCUCGGCACGGCGAUGGCCGGCUCCCUGUUCUGCUUCUUUGCCGGGCAGCCGCUCAUUAUCCUGAGCAGCACAGGGCCCAUCCUCAUCUUCGAAAAGCUACUCUUCGACUUCAGCAAAGGCAACAGCAUAGACUACAUGGAGUUCCGCCUGUGGAUCGGCUUACAUUCUGCCCUGCAGUGCCUUAUCCUGGUGGCUACAGACGCCAGCUUCAUUAUAAAGUACAUCACGCGCUUCACUGAGGAGGGGUUCUCCACCCUCAUCAGCUUUAUAUUCAUCUAUGAUGCUAUCAAGAAGAUGAUCGGAGCCUUUAAGUAUUACCCUAUCAAUGCAGACUUCAAACCAGACUACGUGACCAUGUACAAAUGCGAGUGCAUUGCUCCUGACCCAGUGAAUACAACAUUGUUCAAUGCUUCAGCUCCGCUGGCACCAAACAACACUAACAUUUCUGUGUACAAUGCUAUUAACGUAACAGCUCUGGACUGGACCCAGCUGAGUAAGAAGGAAUGUCUAAAGUAUGGCGGAAGCCUAGUAGGGAAAUCCUGUAAAUUUGUUCCUGACUUAGCCCUCAUGUCCUUCAUCCUCUUCUUUGGGACUUAUUCCAUGACUGUAACGCUGAAGAAAUUUAAGUUCAGUCGCUACUUUCCUACAAAGGUCAGGGCCUUCAUUGCUGAUUUUUCCAUUGUCUUCUCCAUUCUGCUGUUCUGUGGAAUAGAUGCCUGGUUUGGCCUGGACACUCCAAAGCUGCAUGUUCCCAGUAUAAUUAAGCUACGCAAACUUAUUAGUGACUUCUCUAUCUUCAUGUCCAUACUAAUGUUCGUUGGUCUCGAUGUAUUGUUUGGACUGAAUACUCCUAAACUGCAAGUGCCUACCGAUUUUAAGCCCACUCGCUUAGAUCGAGGAUGGUUUGUGUUCCCGUUCGGUAAGAAUCCAUGGUGGAUCUACUUGGCCAGCGCCCUUCCAGCUCUGCUGGUUACCAUCUUGAUCUUCAUGGACCAGCAAAUCACAGCCGUCAUAGUCAAUAGGAAGGAGCACAAACUGAGGAAACCUGCUCUGUUGCAGAAAGCGGCAGGCUAUCACCUGGACUUGUUCUGGGUGGGGGUCCUGAUGGCCGUGUGCUCGUUCAUGGGGCUGCCUUGGUAUGUGGCGGCCACGGUCAUUUCCAUAGCCCACAUCGACAGCUUAAAGAUGGAGACGGAGACCAGCGCGCCAGGGGAGCAGCCCCAGUUCCUGGGAGUGAGGGAGCAGAGAGUCACCGGAAUCAUUGUCUUUGUCCUGACUGGGAUAUCGGUCUUCCUGGCUCCAAUUCUGAAGUAUAUUCCAAUGCCGGUGUUGUAUGGUGUCUUUCUCUACAUGGGAGUUGCCUCUCUGAAUGGCAUUCAGUUCUGGGACCGCUGCAAGCUCUUCCUGAUGCCAGCCAAGCACCAGCCUGACUAUGCCUUCCUUCGCCACGUGCCGCUGCGCCGGAUCCACCUCUUCACCCUGGUGCAGAUCGUCUGCCUAGCCAUCCUCUGGAUCCUGAAGUCCACUGUGGCGGCUAUCAUCUUCCCUGUGAUGAUUUUAGCCUUAAUCUUAGUGAGGAAAAUGCUGGAUUUCGUCUUUUCCCAACACGACCUGGCCUGGAUUGAUAACAUCAUCCCCGAGAGGGAGAAAAAGAAGGAAGACGACAAGAAGAAGAAGAAGAAAGGCAACAAAGGGGAAGAGGAGAGUGAGGAUGAGGAAAGAGGUCCUCCAGCUGGAGCUUUGCGUUCUGAUUCCUCUCCUAACGGUUCAGACUUGGAUCGCAGUAUUACGCUUCACCUGAAGAUUUCCUGCCCAUCAUCUCCUGCGUUUAACUACUCCCGAAACCCUCUCUGCGCCGUGCCCCAGGUGAAGAUAGAGAUGGAGUCGGACUAUGAAGACAGUGAUACAGAAAAGCACCCUCGGGACAUGGGCAGCGAGACCACACUGUAGUCCCACACUGCCCUUCCUUUGUGAUGAUAUAUAAAUAAGAAAAUUGGGCAUAUUUUUUUAUGUGACAGACUGAGGAGAUCAUUGGUCCGCAGGACUCAUUUCUCCAUUAGCUUUUAGCAUAAUAAAUUAGAACUGCUGUGGAAUUCCACCCCGUUCAGUUGGGCCAAGAAACCACCGCCAGCUGCAGAGCAAUGCAAGAAAUGUGGAAAUGGUACUUUAGGACUCUGGUCCCUGCAGUAAUAAGGGACCUUAGGCCCCAGGCGGUUGUUGCUAUUUCAAUGAAGACUCUGAAGAUAGCAGGGCCACCUUCCUUCAGCAUCUGGACCCUGACAUCACCAGCUGUGGAGAGUCAUGCCCUUUCCGGUGCAAGCUUCAACUCCACCAUUCUCAUGUAGUCUGUGCCCCUAUUAGCGUUAGUUGGCCCAGGAGGAAUUCACAGAUAAGAUGAGCACCACCUACCCAAUGCUUGAGCAGUAAUCUGUGACGUUCCGGGGGGGGGCUGCAUUUCAGGACUGUAAACUGCAGUUCACUGCAUGUUUUAUACACCCUAUGCAGCAAACAAUGCACAAAGUAUACAAAACAGGGCUAAGAAAAAUUCCCCUUUUGGGAAGUUAUGGAAUGUUUAGAAUCGAGCUUAGAAGUGGAAAACUUCCCUGGCUGCUGCUUAAAAAUACAGCCCUUUAAAUCAGCUUCUGUCUUGCAGGGAGGGAGGGGGUGUUUUCUAUAGGAACUCUGUUACCCAGUGGCAUUCACUCUCUGGGGCCAACAGCAAUUUUAAGGGGUUAGGCUUGCAAAAAAAGCUAAACUCAGUCAUUUCCCACACUCAUACUAAUGCACGCCCUCCCCCCCCUCCAAGUUAUAAUUAUAGUGUUCUAAGGAGACUUUGUAACUAUUUUUAAUGGAGAAUCUUGUAUAAGAGGCUGACACCCACAAGCCAGUCAUUGUCCAGGCCAGUCAGACUGAAAUAAUGGUUCAUUGUAACCCACCCACAACCAUCAAAGCUGGCCCCACCCAUGUCAGCUGAUGAAAGUCCCACAGGUAACCAUUACAGGGGCAAUGGCAAUGACCUUCCAGCUUUUACCUUGCAGCAUGUUCUACUCCAGCACAGAUCUUCCUCAAAAGGACCAUCCAUACUCUUGCUCAACCCAGCCACACACAAAUAACUGUCUGGAAGGUAAGAAGCACUUAUGAGCUGUGAAAUGUUUGGUUAAUCUCAGGGUUAGAGAUGGAAGAGCCCUAACUGAUCUAAUCAAUUCCCUUCCCUUCCAGCAAACAGGAGUGGAGAAAUCCACAGCCUGCGAUAUUUUUAUGGUAGAUGCCAGAGGCAGCUAGACAAUAGAACUUCCUGCACUGAAAGCACCAGCUCCUGCCACGUGAGCUAGAGGGAUUCUCUGUUAGAAUAAGUCCUAUGACAAUUGAGUAGCAACAGCAGUCCUGCUGGAAAGUGACUUACAUGCCCUUGUCAGUUAACCUUAAUUCCUCAUUUAAAAAAUGGUUAGAAUGAAUGUUGGAUUGCUGGCCUUAUCCAUCCCCUGUGCUACUGGGAAAGAGGUAGGGAUUACAGACAGCUGAGUUAACCGUGGGAUGAAACCAAAGGACUUGUGUUGAAUUGGAAUUUCAUCCAUAACUUGGGUGAAAGGAAACUAUCUGCUACUUAGCCUCAACAUAAGUGAUCAGUAGAUUGGUGACAGCAUCUUAGAUAACCAUCCUCAAAUUGUGUCUAGAAGGGGCAGUGAUAUACAUAAGUGUAUUUGUGCCAGUUUUAAUUAACAGUUUGGUUGAUACACUUCCCAGUUUACUGGGCUCAAAAGUUUUCUGCAACUCCACACCAGUCUCAUUCUUGGUUAAGUCAGUGACUUGAAACAUGUUUCCUUUUUCUUAGUUCAGAUUAUAAGGUGCAGCAGUCCCUUGCGUACUGGUCACAGAUAAGAAUUUGUUUUUAAGAGACUGUUCUACUUUUGAUUUUCAGUCCCCCAUGCUUUCAAAAUCAUUAAGGGGCAGGAAAUUCAGUUCAUUUACAUUUAUGUAAAUACAAAAUAACCUCAGUCUGUAUUUGCACCAGUUUAGUUCACAGCACUUUAGCUUGUAUCUUUAUACAAACACCUCAACCCUUAAACUUAGGGCAUCUGCCGUACUCUCUCUUUUGCCUACCCUUGUUUCCUCUACAAUUGCCCCUUCUGUAAACAUGGCUCUUGUACAUAGCAGGCUUAUAGCAUCUGGCAGUUUUGCCCUAUGGUGAACUGACUUCGAGAGCAAACUCACUCCCAUCUGAAACAGAUGUCUAAAAGACCUGUUACUGUUUGGAAAGGUUAAUGUUAUUGUACCUACUCACUCAUAGUUGCACUUUUCAGAAAGGAAAGCAACAAAAAAAUUGCCUUGAGGGUUUUGUUGAAUAAAACUUGAUUUUUAUUUUUUGGAAAAUAUCAGCUAUCUAAGAUUACUGCAGAGAGCCCUCAGUGCUUUGUUAUAAAUUCCACCUGCUUGCAUCUUUACUAGUAGGCUUAAGGUUUUUUAGGAUAAAAAAGCCCUGGUUCUGACAAAGUCCACUUUACAGGGGGUUCUGGAAUGCUGGUUAAAUAUUGCAACUGCUUUGAACCUUAGACUGAAAAAGAUGCUGGUUCUUUGUAAAUAUUUAAGCAAAAAGAAAACUUGAAUUCAGUUUCUUAUUUAUAGAAUUUUCUAGCUUGAGUACCCAACAAGACUGUUUUUGAAUGUGAGAUUAAUAAAACAGUAUUACUCCAGUUGACAGUGAAGUGACAGCCACUUAGUUUUUACCUUAACACCUAAUAAUUAUUUGAACUUGGUUCUGUAUAUUUUCUAGUUUAUUUUGUAUCAGUCUUGUCUGUGGUAGCUAAAGCAUGAUAGAUUAACCUUUUUAAAAGUAAUUAAUAUUGUAAUACGUCCAUUCAGUUUCAAUGUUCAAAGCAAAUUGAAAAGGCUUUGUUGACUCAGCUAAGUGUUCCAUGUAGCACAAGAAUAUAUGCUUGACUUUUAAAUCAAGGAAGCUAUAAAGUACAGUAUCAGUUUUAAUUAAAUCCAUGCAGUUUUCAGUGUCUCAGGCUGUUUACACUUUUUUGUAUAUGCAAAGUGAUUUGAAAAGUACCAGACUAGCAGCCUACUUAGCUACUAGAUACAGUAGCUAUUUUACAUUUUAUUAACAAUCCAAUAAAUCUCAUUAAAUUCUC